GGUGGGGUGGCUGAGCACAUCCUCAAUGGGUGUCACCGGGCACGGCACGGAUAUUUUCUCUCCUUGGUGUCCUCUCGGAGUACAGGCGUGUCGUGUGUGUGUUCCAUCACAACACAGAACUGGCAGCACAAGUUCUGCAACUUCUGGAUGAGUUCAGGUCUCUCUAGGUGAGGUCUCAUCGCACACACAGAGCUGUGACAGGACAGCUGCCUCGGAGGAUUGCACCACCUGGAGAAUCCCAGUCCUCCGGGACCACCAUGACUAACCUGUGGGGGGCCACGCUGAUUGUGCUGGGACUCAUGCCAGCAUGGCUCGGCGCUAUCACCAUCCAGGAGCCGAGUACCGAGUCCAUCACCAAGGCCAAAGGGGACACCGUAACGCUUGGCUGUACCUACACCGUGGAUGCCUCUGAGACGGGGAAUCUAGACAUCGAGUGGGCAAAGAUGAACCCGGACAGCAGCGGCCUGGACACCGUGAUCCUCACCUACAUGGACAACCAAAUUGUGAGCAAGGGACCUUCAACCCUGAUGAGCCGCCUUACAUUUAAGCAAGCAGACCCUAGCAAGGGUGACGCCGCCAUCAUCAUUACCUACCUGGAUGUUGUAGAUACGGCAAUCUACCAGUGCAAAGUCAAGAAGAUAAACGGAUUGGGUUCUCGAAAAAUCAGUCUAGGCAUUCAAGUCUUACCGUCUCCUCCCCGAUGCUCGAUCGAAGGCGACCAGAGCAAAGGCAAGGACGUCACCCUGAAAUGUAGAUCUGAUGAGGGAUCCCCACCGCUGUCCUAUGUAUGGAAGAAGAUAGCCGGACCGGCCAACCCGGCAGUGCCGGUCCUCAACCUGAGACCUCUAAACGGAGAUUUGCUCAUCAAGAAUAUCUCGGAAGUCUACGCCGGGGAGUACCAGUGCACGGUAACCAACAUGGUCGGCAGUGGGACCUGUGUGGCCGACCUGGCCGUGGCUUCAGCGAAUCGGACCGGGAUUAUAAUCGGUGCCGUGUUGGGGGCCCUCCUCCUCCUCCUUCUUCUCCUCCUACUCAUCUGGUGUCUGAUUUGCUGCUGCAACAAACGGCGAUACGAAAAAGAAAUUGCCAACGACAUCCGAGAGGACGUCAUUGCCCCACCGCCAAGUAACACCAACAGCCGCGCCAGCUCCGUCCGUACCGCAGCCGGUUACCGGGCCCACAACAUCAGCUACUCCCUGCGAAAGAUCUACAACGCGGCGCCCAGACAUGAGCCAACGGCCCCGUCCUUGUCCGGAAGCGAGCCAACUAAAGUCAAGUUUGAGAGUCCCGCGUCCACGCCGGAACCAAUCCGGGUCAUUCCAAGCACAACGCAGUAUAAUCCGUACAACAUCCAGAGGGUCGGCGGCGGGGUCCCGGUGAUGGUCCCGGCACAUAGCAGAGAAGGGUUCAUUGUGUAGGAAGUUCUUCAAUGUUUUGUUUUCCACCAUGAAGAUCUCUUCCAGACAGUCGGAGACGUGUGUGAUGGACGAUGUAUAAUGUGCAAAAAUCUUUUCUAUAAAGUAAAUAAUG